ACACAAAAGGUGAGGAAACCCUAAUCAAAAUUCCGUUUCGUGAUCAUCUUCGAUUCAGUAUGAUUUCUUUAGUUUAAAUUUGAUAACACAACGACCUCAUUUAUUAAUGCUGAUCUUGAUAGGGCUUCCAGUCGAUAUCAAAUUGAGAUGGCAACUGCGGUAGAUGAAGUCGGAGAACCGAUUCCGACAUCGGCGGUGCUGAUGUCAGCGUCGAAGCAUAUCGCUGGUAAAUGCAGAGGCCAAAAUAUCGCCUUUUUGAAGUGCAAAAAAGACGAUCCUAACCCUGAGAAAUGCCUUGAUAAAGGCAAUCAAGUCACCCGUUGCGUUCUUUCACCGCUUAGGUACACAUUGUUGAUGGCUCAUCUCAACAACCGGAGUAUGAAUACGACGCAGUUCGACUUGAACUGGAAAUGUUCAGUCCUGAAAUUGCUGAAAAACCAUAUGUAGUUGCAUACAACAAAAUGGAUCUCCCUGAUGCAUAUGAAAAAUGGGAAUCAUUCCGGAAACACCUUCAGUCGCGUGGGAUUGUACCUUUUUGCAUCAGUGCAAUAAAUAGACAAGGGACUAGAGAAUUAAUUACUGCUGCUUAUGAGCUUAUACGCCAACAAGUUGAAGAUAAAAAAGAAGAUAGUUGGAGAGAUCCGGUGCAUUUUAGUCAUGUGGCUGAAAUGGUGAAAAAGCAACGAACGACUCCCAUAAAUGAAUUUGAGAUCUCUCAUGAUAGUAGCUCCAAUACAUGGCAUAUUGAAGGCGCGGGUUUGCAACGGUUUGUUCAAAUGACUAAUUGGAGAUAUAUGGAUUCUGAUAGAAGGUUUCAGCAUGUGCUAGAGGCAUGUGGUGUUAACAAGUCGUUAGUUAAGCGUGGUGUGAAGGAAGGUGACACAGUCAUCAUUGGUGAGAUGGAGAUGGUAUGGCAUAAUUCUCCGAACAGUUCUGGCCCUAACAGGAAGAUCUCAACAGAUUCUGUGAAGUGGGCUGAUUGGAAACAAUAAACCAUAUUAUUCUAGUCAAAGAAAGGUGCUGGUUAUUUUAUGAAGUGGAUGACAUAUGUUGGAGUUACAGUAAGUACUGGAUAUAUACGCCUCAUUGGGCCGGAUAAUGUGACAAACAGCCGUAGACGGUUGGGCUAGAAUGUCGGAUCCGAAUCUCAUCAUAUCAUAUGGAACCCCAAGUUGGAACUCAACAGUUUUUCCUAAUUUUUACAAUUUCAAAUUAUUUUUAUGUUGUAAAACAUGGGAUAUUUGAUUGCAAUAAUUUUUACGCAUUUGUUUAGGUAGUCAAAUUAAUUCCUGAGGUGUUUUAGGCUCGACUUGCCUGAUUUAUAUUUAUCCUAUAAAGAGAGAUGUAUGUAAUUGUUGAACAUUAGAUAUUUCAUCAAUUUUCUUUCAGGGUGCUUUUACAGGUGU